AUGAGCAAGUUCGAACCCGAUAGCUGGAAGCCUGCGGUCAAUAUCUCGACUUGGCUUCUGAUGAUAACGGCCAUAUUUGUUGCUUUUGCCCGACUUGGGACCAAAUACUGGAUUAUCCGUUGGUGGAGUGCAGACGAUUAUCUCUGCAUCGUCUCGGUAGUGAUCUGUAUAGCGCAGUCGGUUGCUCUUUCUAUGGCCACCGCAAAUGGCUAUGGUGACCAUUAUGAUUCACUUUCGGAGACGAGCCACGAAGGCGUCAUGAAGUCACAAUAUGCUGCGACCAUCCUUUUCAUUACCAGCAUGGGUUUCUCUAAGCUGUCCUUUAUCCACAUUUUUUGGAGCGUGACACCCUUUCAUCCUGAUCGUCAUAUCACCGCCGGCCUAGAGAUCGUUACGACCUUGUGGACUGUGGCCGGUAUCCUCACCGCGGCUUUCCAAUGUAAACCGCCUCGAACAUGGGACUAUCUCAAUGGCCAAUGUAUCAACCGGCGGGCAUGGUGGAACUGCCUCUGUGUGAUGAACAUUUUGACCGAUGCCGUGGUGAUGGCUCACGGAAUCUUCAUUGUCGCACGGCUUCAAAUGCGCUUGAAGAGGAAGAUAGUCCUGACCAUCAUUUUCGGACUUCGCAUCCUCGUAAUUGCCGCAAUUGUCGGGCAGAUCGUCUAUGUAAAUGAAACGAUUGAUUCCACGGAUCAGACCUCUGGAACCUCGCUUUUCACCAUAUCGACGCAGGUCGCCCAGUGUUUGAGUAUCAUUACCUGCUGUUCCCCCCAGUUCAAGCCGUUUCUUGACAACCUUCGUUCAUUGGGCAUUCGCGUGGACGGGAAUUCGCGCCAUGGCGGUUCUGACAUGGGAUAUAAACAUUCAACGACACCAUCGCAUAAACCGCAGGAAGCUGGGCGUCAGCUCUACGAACUGGCUACUAUUCCUCCCUUUGAGGGGUCUUGCCAGACAGCGGUUACUGCAUCUGGAUCUAAGCGGGAUUGGGACGCAGGGAGUGAGUCCAGUCAGGCCUAUAUUAUCCGCGAAGUCCGCACGUGGGCUAUUGAGGAGUCGGUAAGAGACCCUUUGCCGGUAUCUCUACACUAA